GGAAAACCGAGGUUGCUCACUUUUCAAAUCCAACUUACCGAAGUGAUCUCUGCCUUGAUCCGAGUUCAUUGUAUUAGUCGGCGACUCUCAUGGCGCUCAUGCCCGUGUUGAUCAAUCAUCCCCGAGGCUGUUGUUGUGUGCUUGUUGUGGUUAGCGGGAGUCAGGCAUCCAAGUUUCCCUCCCUCCCAAAGUCGCGUCCGACUUUCACUCCAUCCAUGGCUCCGUCCUGAUCCACAAACCAUCCCAGGUGUUGUCCAAGGCAAGAUGCUACUCUCUUUGGAGUUUCGUCCCCGUUUAUCGGUGGUGAAUGGCGUGUUUCGCCAUCUGGACCAGUUUGAUCGCAUCCUGAUGGAGAGCCGAGUUGGAUCCGGUCCAUCCUGUGGGUCGUCGUCGUUGGCGUUGAUUUUCGAGGACGACGUCCUCAGUCUGAAGUGUCGCUCCUCGAACGAGGCCUAUGUCCGGGUGGUUUGGCCCAAAUCCAUGCCCAUGCCCACCCCGCAGGUCGAGAUCCGCUUUCAUCUGGUCCCGGAACACCGGGAAGUGAUUUUCAGGGCUCAAUUGGGCGCCUUGGGACCGGAAUUGAUGUCCAACGCUAUGUCCGGCACGUCCUUGCCCCAAUCUUGGAGCUUAGCAUUACCAGCCCCGAAAUGUCUUCACCGCUCGAAAGCCACGGAGGCGUGCCCGGAUUUACGGUUAUGUUGCACCAAUUGCGACUCAAGUUUGGGCCAGAAUCUCAAAUUCGAAGCCAUCCAUCCGCUGCCUUCGAUCGCGUGGCGAGAGUUUUCUCAAGAUUGGUUUUGUUGUUGUACCUCAUCCUGUGAUCCUCAGCGUUGUCCGACGCCCCCGGGGCCAUCUGAACUUUCCAAUGGCACCAUGAGCUCUCAGACCUUGGCUCCCAGGCUUAACACGCUUCUGUUUGCGCCGGGAUUUAUUCUAGUUCAUCCUGAGACUAUCACGCCCGGUCAGGUCGAGAAAUGUCCCGAUUGGAAUAACCUAUAUUGUGUCGAAUGUGACGCUGGUUUAGGAUACCGUGAUGAUCAGCAUUAUCAGUUAUGGCAGCACGCCGUCAUCUUGACGGACACGGAUACGCCCAUUCGUUCUCAUCUCACGCCCACGGACUCUGUGGUGGAUAUGAUUCAUGGGGCCCUGUCGGAAGCGCCCGAACUUGCGCCUAAAAUCGAGCUCACCAGUGCCAAAUCCACGCUGUCUUUGUGGAUCAUGGAGCGAAACACGCAUUUUUACACGCAUCAAAAAGAUGAGCAUACUAGUUCAAAUGGAAACAGGCUCCUUCGUCCCACCGAAAGAUCAUUCAUGAAGAUCCUAUUCAAAAAGACCUCUGCUGUUCACUCGAAUGACUUCAACACCGAGAGCAUUUCUGUCAACGAUGACAUGAUCGAGGCUGGAAUUGCUUUUCUCCGGAAAGGACAAGCCUUUCUCUCCGCCAAUCAAACGCGCGAUGGGCCUUGGGAGAUCUCGGUUAUGGAACAUAAUCCUACAUCCUGAUGGAUGGGUAUGUUCGCCACCACCAUCAACAUCAAACGAUACUCCGUGAUAUGGUUACAGUCGACUCCGUCCUCCGAUUUGUGAUUUUUCUUUUUGUUCUUGGUAACCACCCUCAAGUGCAGUUAUCAUUAACGAUAUGUCGAUUAAAUAUUUUCAACUAGGUA